UCCUGCAGUCCCCGGACCACCAUGGCCCAGAGCCGCAGAGACCGAAACAGUUGGGGUGGAUUUUCAGAAAAGGCAAGUGAAUGGAGCUCAGAAGAGGAGGAGCCAGUGAGAAAGGCAGGACCAGUCCAAGUCCUCAUUGUCAGAGAUGACCACUCCUUUGAGUUGGAUGAAGCCGCGCUGAAUCGGAUCCUCCUCUCUGAGGCCGUCAGGGACAAGGAGGUGGUCGCCGUGUCAGUUGCUGGAGCGUUCAGAAAAGGGAAAUCCUUCCUGAUGGACUUCAUGCUGAGAUACAUGUACAACCAGGAAUCAGUUGACUGGGUUGGAGAUUACAAUGAACCACUGACUGGCUUUUCAUGGAGAGGUGGAUCUGAGCGAGAAACCACAGGAAUCCAGAUAUGGAGUGAAAUUUUCCUUAUCAAUAAACUUGAUGGCAAAAAGGUUGCAGUGUUAUUGAUGGAUACUCAGGGAACCUUUGACAGCCAGUCGACUUUGAGAGAUUCCGCCACGGUAUUUGCUCUUAGCACAAUGAUCAGUUCAAUACAGGUGUAUAAUCUAUCUCAAAAUGUCCAGGAGGAUGAUCUGCAACACCUCCAGCUUUUCACCGAGUAUGGACGACUGGCAAUGGAGGAAACGUUCCUGAAACCGUUUCAGAGUCUGAUAUUUCUUGUUCGAGACUGGAGUUUCCCAUACGAAUUUUCAUAUGGAGCUGAUGGAGGAGCCAAAUUUUUAGAAAAACGCCUCAAGGUCUCAGGGAACCAGCAUGAAGAACUACAGAAUGUUCGAAAACACAUCCAUUCCUGUUUCACCAACAUUUCCUGCUUUCUGCUACCUCAUCCUGGCUUAAAAGUGGCUACCAAUCCAAACUUUGAUGGAAAACUGAAAGAAAUAGACGAUGAAUUCAUCAAAAACUUGAAAAUACUGAUUCCUUGGCUACUUAGUCCUGAGAACCUAGAUAUCAAGGAGAUCAAUGGGAAUAAAAUCACCUGCCGAGGUCUGGUGGAGUACUUCAAGGCUUACAUAAAGAUCUAUCAAGGUGAAGAAUUACCACAUCCCAAGUCAAUGUUACAGGCCACUGCAGAAGCCAACAACUUGGCAGCCGUGGCAACUGCCAAGGACACAUACAACAAAAAAAUGGAAGAGAUUUGUGGUGGUGACAAACCAUUUCUGGCCCCUAACGACCUGCAGACCAAACACUUGCAGCUUAAGGAAGAAGCUGUGAAGCUAUUUCGAGGAGUGAAGAAGAUGGGUGGGGAAGAAUUUAGCCGGCGUUACCUGCAGCAGUUGGAAAGUGAAAUAGAUGAACUCUACAUCCAGUACAUUAAGCACAAUGAUAGCAAAAAUAUCUUCCAUGCAGCUCGUACCCCAGCCACACUGUUUGUUGUCAUCUUUAUCACCUAUGUGAUUGCUGGUGUGACUGGAUUCAUUGGCCUGGACAUCAUAGCUAGCCUAUGCAAUAUGAUAAUGGGACUGACCCUAAUCACACUUUGCACCUGGGCGUAUAUCCGGUACUCUGGAGAAUACAGAGAGCUGGGUGCUGUAAUAGACCAGGUGGCUGCAGCCUUGUGGGACCAGGGAAGUACAAAUGAGGCUUUAUACAAGCUUUACAGUGCAGCAGCGACCCACAGACAUCUGUAUCAUCAAGCUUUUCCUGCACCAAAGUCGGAAGCUACUGAACAAUCAGAAAAGAAGAAAAUUUAAUGCAGAUUUUGAGAAAUACAGGUGCAUGACCAAUUUUCAGCUAAAUAGCAGUUUUAUGUUUCCAUGCACACAUUCAAAGUGCUUCCAUUAGAACAGAGUAAAAUAUCAAACACCUUUGAAGACUACAAAUGAUUUAGUUCUUUUACUUCAGUGUUUAACAAGCAGACAUCUGUAUGCAUGGUUAUAUCAUUUUGUUAACAUGUACAGUUUCCUGAUUUCACCUUUAAGUAUGCUGUUAUAAUUUAAAGUAUUUGUCCAUUUAUGAUGACAGUGUGUAUUCUGCUUGAAUUUACUACAUUCUAUUACUGGGUUAUAAUUAAACCAUGUGGUAAUACUACUGCACAUUUGAAUAUGCUCAUUUAAUUUCUACAGAAAACAAAUUAUUUCACAUAGCUAGUUGUGAGACUCAGCAUCACAACUCAGCAGACUUAAUCUAUAUAAUUUUACAUAGAACAUGAGUUACUUAUUUUUAAACAUUUAAGAGCGUCCCAGUCACUUUACAGAUACUACAUAAUGCUUUUAUAUUAUGGUUUAAGAUCUACUAUAAACUUCAUGAUCAAAAAUGCACAAAUAAUCAUUUUGUAUAUGUAUGAGUUUCAAUGCAUUGUAUAUUUUUUUCUUUUGGUACAUAAAGAAAUGUAUUCUUCACAAGGUUUAUUCUUUUAACAUAUGAAAUAUUAAAGUUUACUCUGGUUCCUGUUCCUAACAUUAAAAACAAAUGCGUAUUGAAUUUGGAGAUGUUUGGGUGGUACUGAUGUACAACAAAGAUUUUUCUUUUUAAAAACUCAAGAUGCAUUUUCUUUGAUGUUGACACAAUUACAAAUUUAAGUUUCCACUUUAAGAAACAUGUGAAUCCUUUAGGUAAUUUGCAGUUAAGUAGUAAUUCUGUACUUGCAUUUCUGAUUAUUAAAAUAUCUGAUGAAA